AUGUCCAGGCUUUUGGCUCAGUCAACUCACGUCCCUGGUCUAGUGGCCUGGCAAAGGAAUGUUCAUCAGCACAAGGGAUCUGGAAAAUCACCAAGAUCAGUGAAAAUGAUGUGUCGCACUUUACCAACAUCUAGUUUAAGAAUGUCUGGUUUCUCAGGACUCCGACGUGUUAAUCCUUUGGACCCAAACACAAUGCUGAGACCUCUACAGGAUUUUUAUUCCAAGAUGUCAAUUGCAACUUCUUCUAGACGAGGAAGAGCCAACAGAUUUGUACCUAAAGCCAUGUUUGAGCGUUACACAGAGAAAGCAAUCAAAGUAAUUAUGCUAGCACAGGACGAAGCGCGACGUCUUGGUCAAAAUUUUGUUGGAACGGAGCUGAUUCUAUUGGGUCUUAUUGGCGAAGGCACUGGUAUUGCUGCUAAGGUUCUAAAGUCUAUGGGGAUUAAGCUUAAAGAUGCACGUGCGGAAGUGGAGAAGAUAAUUGGAAAGGGUACUGGAUUUGUUGAUGUUGAAAUUCCAUUCACACCUCAAGCAAAGCAUGUAUUGGAACUCUCACUUGAAGAAGCCCGCCAACUUGGACACUAUUAUAUUGGAUCUGAGCAUUUGCUUUUGGGCCUCCUCCGUGAGAGCGAUUGUGUUGCAGCAUGUGUUCUUGAUAACCUGGGUGCUAGACAAACUCUUAUUCGCGCUCAGGUUAUUCGCAUGAUUGGUGAGAGAGCUGGCAGUGUCACUGCCACUGUGAGCCCAAGAAGCAGUGGGAAUAAAACGUCAGCUUUGGAGGAAUAUGGUACCAAUUUGACCAAGCUAGCAGAAGAGGGAGAACUGAAUCCUGCUGUUGGCAGGCAGCAACAAAUUGAACGUGUAACUCAAAUUUUAGGCCGUUACAGAAAAAAUAAUCCGUGUCUAAUCGGAGAAGCUGGUGUUGGGAAGACAGCUAUCGUUGAGGGUCUUGCUCAUCGGAUAGCAAGUGGUGAUGUACCUGAAACUAUAGAGGGGAAGCAGGUUAUAAGCAUUGAUAUGUGUCGACUUAUUGCUGGAACUAAAUAUCGUGGAGAAUUUGAGGAGAGAUUGAAAAAUCUAAUGGAGGAAAUCAAACAAAGUGGUGGGAUAAUACUUUUCAUUGAUGAAGUGCACACUCUAAUUGGAGCUGGAGCAGCUGAAGGAGCAAUUGAUGCCGCAAAUCUAUUAAAAUCAGCUCUUGCAAGAGGUGAACUACAGUGCAUAGGAGCCACAACUCUGGAUGAAUACACGAAACACAUUGAAAAAGAUCCAGCAUUAGAGAGGCGAUUCCAACCAGUUAAAGUACCAGAGCCAACUGUGGAUGAGACAACACAAAUUUUGAAAGGACUUAGAGAACGUUUUGAGAUUCAUCACAAAGUCCGGUACACUGAUGAAGCCCUUGUAGCUGCUGCUCAGCUGUCAUACCAGUAUAUCAGCGAUCGAUUUCUACCGGACAAAGCUAUAGAUUUGGUUGAUGAAGCUGGAUCACGAGUUCAAAAUCGACGUGCACAGUUAUCUGAAAAAGAAUCCAGAGGGCCCGACAAGACGGUCGAGCAGAUUGUGAAGGAGGAAGAAACAGUCCACGACCAAGACUUUGAAAAGCCAGGAGAGCUACGAGACGGAGAAAUGGAUCUUAAGGUACAAAUCUCAGCACUUACAGAGAAAGGCAAGGGGAUGAGCAAGCCUGAGAGCGAGACCGGAGAUGGAGGUCUAGUUGUUACUGAAGCUGACAUUCAAAACAUCGUCUCAUCUUGGACUGGUAUUCCUGUUGAGAAAGUCUCAACAAAUGAGUCUGAUCGCCUCCUUAAGAUGGAAGAGACCCUACACAAGAGGGUCAUUGGUCAGGAUGAAGCCGUGAAGGCCGUUAGCCGAGCGAUACGCCGAGCUCGGGUUGGGUUAAAGGAUCCUAAUCGCCCAAUUGCCAGCUUCGUAUUUUCUGGUCCAACUGGGGUGGGGAAGUCUGAGCUGGCAAAAGCAUUGGCCACAUACCACUUUGGCUCUGAGGAAGCCAUGAUUCGGCUUGACAUGAGUGAAUUUAUGGAAAAGCACACUAUCUCCAAGCUUAUUGGUUCCCCUCCGGGAUAUGUGGGUUACACCGAAGGUGGUCAGUUGACUGAGGCAGUUCGGCGUCGACCCUAUAACGUUGUCCUCUUUGAUGAAAUUGAGAAAGCUCAUCCUGAUGUAUUCAACAUGAUGCUUCAAAUUCUCGAAGACGGAAGGCUAACGGACAGUAAGGGUAGAACCGUGUGCUUCAAGAAUACGCUUCUUAUAAUGACCUCAAACAUAGGAAGCAGUGUGAUUGAGAAAGGUGGCCGUCGGAUAGGAUUUGACCUUGACUAUGAUGAGAAGGACAACAGUUACAACCAUAUCAAGAAUGUGGUGACUGAGGAAAUGAAACAAUACUUUCGGCCGGAGUUUUUGAAUAGGUUAGAUGAAAUCAUUGUUUUCAGGCAACUCACGAGGAUGGAGGUGAAGGAGAUUGUUGACAUAAUGCUAAAGGAAGUCUUUGACAGAUUAAAAGCCAAAGAUAUUGGACUUCACGUCACAGAAAGAUUUAAGGAUAGAGUGGUCCGGGAAGGUUAUGAUCCCAGCUAUGGAGCUAGGGCUUUAAGAAGAGCCAUAAUGCGACUUUUGGAGGACAACAUGGCAGAGAAGAUGCUUGCUGGGGAGACUAAAGAGGGUGAUUCUGUUAUAGUGGACGUCGAUUCUAACGGGAAUGUGAUCGUGCUGAAUGAAGGCAGCGGUGUUCCAGAGACCUUGCUCGAGGCUAUCCCCGCAUAA